AUGAGUGAGAAAACCAUCUUGGCCUGCCUUCUGGUUCUUGCCAUUAGUAUGACAAUGUCCAAUGCUGAUUGCUUCUUUCAGCCAUUGAAGCCGGGGAUGUCUGAUGGUAAGAUCAUAGGCUGCCGUGACUCGAGUGGAGAGCUGCAUGAAUUUGGUUCCCGCUGGAGGAACGCAGACUGCUAUGAUUGCUCCUGUUUCAAGAACGGAAUCAGCUGCUGCUCCAGCUUUGCAAUACCAGUUGGCUACGAUGAAGAGAAGUGUGUGAGCAUUUUCAACAAGGACACCUGCACUUAUAAAGUAGUGGAGAAAGACGAUCACUCAAAAGAAUGCCCAGUCCAUGAGUUGGUGGGCUAA